AUGUGCGAGAUGUGUGGGUCACGUGACCCCACAUCUCUGUGGGGUUAUCCACCCACCUCCCCGCGGUCGGCCUCUUUUCCUCCUGCUUCCCUAGCUUUAGCAAUAGCCUCAGAAUGUGGACUUCGUCUUCCUGCUUCCAGCCCUGUUGCCUGCUCCAACACAAUGCCGUUGAGCCAACCGGUGUUUGCUCGAAUUGGGGGAGUCGGUGAAAAUGUGGGAUGCGGAAGCGACCCCAACCAUACCUCAUACCUUCGCCUCGCGCUAUUAAGCCGUAUCUUCACCAGCCCCAGGUCGCCUCCCACGCUACUUCGAAACCCGAACCGCCACCCCGUUGUCGUCGUCGGCAGCGACGACGGGGACAGGCACAGGAACAGCCCCAUCGCCGCGGGCGCAGCACGGGCGGGGGAAACACCCUUCCCCCGCCGCUGCCGACUCCAACGCAACGCCGUUGGCCUCGCCAAGCCAGAGAGAGACGAACCCAUCCUGGCGGCACGAGCAAACCGUCCAAUGAUGCUUCGUCUUGAAAAGUGA